UUACAAUGGAAAAUAUAUCAAAGGAAGUCAGUUUUCUGACGACGGAUCUAAACGAGGAUUUGCUGGAUGCGUUUGGAAAUCUUCUCAAUUCUCUAAUGCUACCACAACUUCAAACAGUUUCAGACAAGGCUUUUGUUGAAAACACUGUCCCAGUAGACGUAAGCAAAUGGGGUUUAGUUGAGUAUACCAAAAAGUUCGUAAAAUUACUUGAAGAAUCUUCAGAGUUCCUAGCUAAUCGCUUUCAUUUUAAAUCUUUUCAAAGUAAAUCAAUGGAAAAGAUACAGUCAGUAAAAGACAUCAGAAGAAUGUCAUCCACAGUUAAUCCAAAUAUGUUAAAAGAGUUAGAAAUUUAUGCUAUGGCCUGGAUAAAUCAGUUGGAUCAAGUGAUAAUCAUUGCUGAUCAGAUCAGAAAGGAAGCUGAAAAUACAGGUCCACGGGUGGAGUUGGACUAUUGGCGAAGACGGAUGGCUACGUUCAGUACAAUUCUUGAAGAGAUGAAUAAGCAUAACUGCAAAGUUGUAUUCGGCAUACUAUCAUCUUCGAAUAGUCCUUCAGUUAAGAAAUGGCUUAAACUGGAAUCCACAGUAAUGGAUUAUACAAAUGAAGCAAAAAGUAAUUUAAAGUUUUUGUGCACAUUAGAAGAAUAUUGCGAGCCACUGUACAGAUGUGAUCCUGUUGGCAUGUUGGAUAGUGUACCCAAACUUGUGACAAUGAUUCGCUUAGUCUAUGAGGUGUCUGCAUUUUAUAGUACACCGGAAAAAAUCACCUCACUGUUUGUAAAGGUUACCAAUCAAAUGAUAGCCGCAUGUAGAGCAUAUAUUACUAAUAAUUACCAAAGUACAAUAUGGACAGAGAAUUCAGAAAGCCUUUUAAAAAAAAUUACAGACUGUUGUAACUUAAAUCAAACAUAUAAGAAUUCAUUUCAAAAGAUGAAAACAGAGCUGGCAGCCAAACCGAACUCGAAACAAUUUGAUCUAUCCGAAAUGCAUAUAUUUGGUAAAUAUGAUUUAUUCUGUCGAAGAUUGGAUGAGAUUAAUGGUAUAUUUCAAAUGAUUUCAUCAUAUUCUUGUUUAUUGACGUCUAAAAUCGAAAAAUUGGAACCUCUAAUUGGUCAGUACAACCUAGCUGUAAGUAAAUUACGAAAUAAUGAUUACGACUUCUUGGAUCAACGCAAAACUGAAGUUGAUGACUGUUUAAUGGAAUUUAAAGGAAAGAUGAAUGAUAUUCGACUUGGUCUAAGAUCGUUACUUGAGUCAGAAAUGGACAAGUAUCAUGAUCUACGCCGACGUUUUCAUAUUAUAGAACAGUUUGAAAAGUUACAGCUACCAGACUUAGGUAUAGAUGAAGCUUAUUCGAAAUCAUUGCAUCAUUUUGAUCGACUUAUUGAACAAGUUGGCAAAGAUUAUAGUAAAUUUAAAGAAUCUCCACCGAUUGGACGUGAUAUGCCACGAGUAGCAGGUAAAAUAUCGUGGGCAAAACAAUUAUAUCGAAGAAUUGAAGGUCCAAUGCUGAUUCUUAAUGAUAAGAUCAAGUUAAUGAAAUCAAAGGAAGGCAAAGAAAUUACUAAGAAAUAUAACAAGUUAGCUGAAGUUUUAGUCAUCUAUGAAAUGAUUCACUAUCGUAAUUGGAUUAAACAGAUAUCGAUUGCAAAAGUUGGCCUACGUGAUCCCUUACUUUAUCAAGAUGAGGAAACAAAUCAUAUUAUUGUUGCACUGGAUCCAGAAAUUCUAGAAGUCUAUCGAGAAAUUGAAUUACUGUCUAAGUGGGGAUUAGAUAUACCUGAAAUCGCUGUAGAACUGAGUCAAAAAGAGAAUGAAUUGAAAGUGUAUUACAAUAAGUUAAAGUUCAUGUUAACGAGCAUAAAUGAAAUCAAGACCAAUCUAGAUCCAUCCUUCAUCAAUCUAAUGCGUGCACAAUUUGCUUAUCUGCAAAGCUUAUUAAGACCUGGUUUAUCUUUACUGAAUUGGACAAGUUUGGGCAUUGAUAACUUCAUUGAAAGCGUUACAGUCUACAUAAAUAAAUUAAAAUUACUAUGUGAACGUGCAAAUGAUCUGAAAAAAUAUCGGAUUGAACAAGUUUUAGAGGAAAUAUCUAAAGUAACUUUAUGUGAAUUAAGUGAUUCAGAACCUUGGAGUAUAGAUUACUUUCUAGAACACACUAAGUACUUGUGUAGUCAGGCUGGACAAAUAUUACAGAUUAAGAGUCAAAUUAUUCAGGAUGCGGUGCAUGAAUUGAUUGAUAUCCUUUGUGGUGAGUACCGAUUACAGCUGAUCCAAGAGGCAGAGAAAGACGAUCAAAAUUCGCCGCGUAUUACACGAUCAGGAAAAUCAACAGUUUCUCUGCCAGAGUCAGCGUAUUCAGCAAGUGGACGUUGGAGAACUCCAGUGGCACGAAGUGCAAAAGAACGCCGUAAACGACAAGUUGAAGAGGCUGCUCUAAGAUUACUGGAGCAAUUUCACCAGAAGACAGUGGAAACGUUAAGCAAAUUAGUUCGUAACACACUGGAAAAUCUUCGUAAAUGCUUGACUCUCCCUUCAAUUUUAGCUUAUGAUAGUCUGAAUCCAGAUGGAUCUGCACAACUAUAUUUUUCGUGCGAGGCACAGUUAUGCCUGCCGGCAAUCGUAAUAAACCCGUCUCUUGAUGAUUUUCAAAAAGCGCUAAACACUGUUACACACUUGGUAAUCUCUGUUACGCGCCACAUAUCAGUAUGGGAUUUGAGAUUGCGUAAUCCAUCUGGUUUAGGGGAACACUCAGAAGUUGAAGACAGUCCACAAUCUGUUCAAAAAACAAGAAAGGCAAGUCAGAGUGACAGUUCAUCUAGACGUUUAAGUAAUGACUGGGCUAGAGAAGUGGCUGAGUCAUCUGAAGUCCUUGAACCACUACCUGAUAUGUUGGACCAUCAUUCCGGUAAUACUGAAGGCGAAGACGAAAAUCGAAACCACGGCAACUAUUUAAAAAAAAUUUCUGAAAAUAAGGAGAUAAAUAAACUUGGAGCAAUGCUUACCAGUGCUUUGUCACCGAUUCAGGAGAGUAUCAAAUCAUCUCUUCGACGAUUCGACCGAUAUAAACCAUUGUGGGAAAAGUCAAAGACUGAAGAGUUUAAUAAAUUCAUGAUGAAUAAUCCUUCUGUGGUUGAUUUCGAAGAAGCUAUUCAGAAUUUCUAUGCAGAAGAUGAGUUAAUUAUCAAUGAACCUGAAAUAUGUGAUUGUAGUCCAUUGGCAAUUAGUACAGCUCGCUUAAAAGAUGGUCUUCUAGCUGAAACUAGUAAUUGGCGUUUAGAAUAUGGACGAUUGUGUAAUUCAAAGUUCAAAAAACAAAUGGAAUCCUUAUUUACCAUGAUUGAAAAAUACGAUAAAAUCUUAUCAAGACCCAUCAGUGACUUGGAUGAUAUAAGAAUACUCAUGAAUGCAUUGAAGGAUUUACGUGAAAUGGAAGUGGACGUGGGUUUGCAACUCGGCCCAAUCGAAGAAUCGUACACUUUACUGACGAAACACUCAAUCCCAGUCGAUAAGGAAGAGACUGAAAAGGCGGACACUUUACGUUAUGAGUGGGAAAAGUUAUGCAAGCAAAUGUUAGUAGUACAGAAUGAGUUAGUUGAAGUUCAACCGCAUUUUCGCAAUGAUUUACUGGAAAAUAUUGGUGCAUUUCAUGAAAACUGUUCAACAUUUUAUAAUGAUUAUGAUACAGUUGGACCAAUGGCUAGAGGAAUACCACCACGAGAGGCGUCAGAUCGCCUAAUCAUAUUUCAAAAUCGUUUUGACAAUCUCUAUCGCAGUUACAUCACAUAUAGUGCAGGUGAACAACUAUUUGGAUUGCCAAUUACUGAAUACAAUCGGUUGGAUGAAGUCAGAAAACAACUGAAUCUGUUACAAAAACUUUACUUAUUGUACAACAGUGUACUAAACAAAACAGCAAGUUAUUAUGACAUUCCAUGGUCUGAUGUUAAAAUUGACUUGAUCUUACAAGAAAUACAAGAUUUUCAAAAUCGUUAUUAUGAUGAUGUUGAAGAUAUUUGUGUAUCAGCAAUUAAAGAACGUGAUAUAGAGAAUAAACUAAUUAAUAUAAAAGCCGAAUGGAAUGCACAAAACUUUGAAUUUGUUCAGUUUAAAAACCGCGGAGAAUUAUUACUUCGAGGUGAUCAUACUCUAGAGUUGAUUAGUCUUAUGGAAGACUCGUUAAUGGCACUUGGUUCUCUAUUGAGUAAUAGGUAUAAUGCACCCUUCCCUGUGUUUAUUGGUGGUGAUAUAGCACGUCAAUUGCCUCAGGAAGCUAGACGUUUCACUAGUGUGGAUAAGUCAUGGUGUCGUAUUAUGCAAAGAGCUCAUGAAACUACACACGUUCUAACAUGUUGUGUUGGCGAUGAAAUGCUUAGUCAUUUAUUACCACAUUUAAUGGAACAGUUGGAACUAUGUCAAAAAAGUUUAACAGGGUAUUUGGAAAAGAAACGUCUACUCUUCCCACGUUUCUUUUUCGUAUCUGAUCCAACUUUACUGGAAAUCCUGGGUCAAGCAUCAGAUCCACAUACGAUACAAGCACACUUACUCUCUGUCUUCGACAAUAUUAAAACUGUGAAAUUUCAUGAGAAACAAUAUGAAACAAUCUUAACUUGUUAUUCACAAGAAGUGGAACGGACUAAACUAGAAACUUUAAUCACUAUACAUCUACAUCAAAAAGACAUUUUCGCGUCAUUAGUUAAAGAUCGCAUUAAAUCACCAACAGAUUUUGACUGGCUUAAGCAAACACGUUUCUACUAUUUAGAAGAUUCAGACGUCUGUCUAAUUUCAAUCACUGAUGUGAAUUUCAUCUAUCAAGAUGAAUUUAUUGGAUGCACAGAACGACUGGUUGUCACACCACUCACAGAUAGAUGUUAUAUUACUCUUGCACAAGCAAUCGGUAUGUCAAUGGGUGGUUCACCAGCUGGACCAGCAGGAACUGGCAAAACUGAAACGGUUAAAGAUAUGGGCAGAUGUUUGGGAAAGUAUGUUAUUGUGUCAAAUUGUUCUGAUCAAAUGGAUUUCCGUGGAUUAGGACGUAUAUUUAAAGGUCUAGCACAAUCUGGUUCUUGGGGAUGUUUUGAUGAAUUCAAUCGUAUUGAAUUACCUGUAUUGUCUGUGGCAGCCCAGCAGAUUGCUAUUUUAUUAACAUGUAAAAAGGAACGGAAGUCUCAGUUUGUGUUUACAGACGGAGAAACAAUUGAUAUGAAUCCAGAGUUUGGAAUAUUUCUAACUAUGAAUCCUGGUUAUGCUGGAAGACAAGAGUUACCAGAAAAUUUGAAAAUUAACUUUCGGACAGUUGCUAUGAUGGUACCAGAUAGACAGAUUAUUAUCCGUGUUAAACUUGCAUCAUGUGGUUUUAUCGAGAAUAUUAUAUCAGCACAAAAAUUUUAUACGUUGUAUAAGUUGUGUGAAGAACAGCUGAGUAAACAGAUUCAUUAUGAUUUUGGUUUGCGCAAUAUACUCUCUGUGUUACGUACAUUGGGUGCAGUAAAACGUGCUAAUCCUAAUGACACAGAAUUUGAGACUGUGAUGCGUGUAUUACGUGAUAUGAAUUUGAGCAAGUUAGUUGGACCAGAUGAGCCGUUAUUUUUAUCACUACUCGAUGAUUUAUUUCCUAGUCUUUCUUUAGACAAAGGCGGUUAUCCAGAACUUGAGAAAGUGAUAAGACAAAUUCUAGAGGGAGAUCACCUUAUAAGUCAUCCGCCAUGGUUUCUCAAAGUUAUACAACUGUAUGAAACUCAGCGUGUUCGUCAUGGUAUGAUGACACUGGGUCCAUCAGGUACUGGUAAAUCUUGUUGUAUUCAAACAUUGAUGAAGGCAAUGACUCAAUGCUUUGAACCACAUCGUGAGAUGCGUAUGAAUCCGAAAGCAAUUACAUCCUCACAAAUGUUUGGACGCCUAGAUGUGGCCACCAAUGAUUGGACCGAUGGUAUAUUUUCUACUUUAUGGCGAAGAACAUUGAAAGCCAAGAAAGGUGAACACAUAUGGCUUGUAUUAGAUGGUCCAGUUGAUGCACUAUGGAUUGAGAAUUUGAAUUCUGUUCUGGAUGAUAGUAAACUUUUAACAUUGGCAAAUGGUGAUCGUAUUCCAAUGGCACCAUGUUGUAAGAUUAUUUUUGAGGUAGACAAUGUUGACAAUGCAUCACCUGCAACUGUUUCAAGAAAUGGUAUGGUGUACAUUAGUACAACUACGCUAAACUGGUUACCAAUACUGCAAGGAUGGUUACUAUCACGUGGCAAAAGUGAAGCUGAUCAAUUAUUACAGUUAUUCAAUGCAUCAUUUGAAAAUGUUUAUCAAUACGCAACUAGGCAUCUAAACUUUAAAAUGAGUGUUUUGGAAGCUUUUGUUAUUCGUCAGGUAUGUGAUAUACUGGCUGGAAUACUGCCUAAACCAGAAGAGAAAGAAUAUUCAUCGAUAACGCCGAAACAUAUGGAACGCAUUUAUAUAUUUGCAUUAAUGUGGAGUAUCGGUGCAUUUCUUGAAGGUGAUGAUCGUGUGAAAUUCGAGAGUUAUUUACGCAAACACGAGAUGAUUAAAUUUGAUCUUCCUGAAUACCCACCUGAAUCACACGAGACAAUAUUCAACUAUCUGGUUAGUGAUCAAGGUGAAUGGAUUCACUGGAAUACAAAAGUUGAUAAAUUUCACUAUCCAACUGAUCAUACACCGGAGUAUUCAUCAUUACUUGUGCCAAAUGUAGACAAUGGCACAGCUAAAACUGUUAUCUUGAAUAAAUAUUUAAGCAGUCACAAUCCUGAAUUACAUAUGUAUAAGACUUUGAAUUUUUCAAGUGUUACUACACCGUUGUUAUUCCAACGUACAGUUGAAAGUUUUGUUGAUAAAAGAAUGGGUAGUACAUAUGGUCCACCGGCUGGUCGAAAAAUGACAAUUUUCAUUGAUGAUAUCAGUAUGCCACUAAUAAAUGAAUGGGGUGAUCAGGUAACUAACGAAAUAGUACGUCAGUUAAUUGAAAUGAAAGGAUUUUAUAAUCUGGAAAAACCAGGAGAUUUUACUUCAAUUGUUGAUGUCCAAUUCUCAGCGGCUAUGAUUCACCCAGGUUCUGGUCGUAAUGAUAUACCGCAUAGAUUGAAACGACAUUUCUGUAUAUUCAAUUGUACUCUACCAAGCAAUUCGUCAAUUGAUAAAAUAUUCAGUGCCAUAGCUGAAGGACACUAUUGUCUUGAAAGAGGAUUCACCGUAACCGAAACGAUUAAACUACUCGGGAUCGACUGGAAGUGUGUUACCUAUAUGCUUGGCGAAAUACAAUAUGGUGGUCGUGUAACUGAUGAUUUUGAUAAUCGACUUUUGAACACUUAUUGCAAGUUAUGGUUCAGUGAAAACUUAUUCAGUACAGAUUUCAAAUUUGCACCAGGCUAUGGAAUUCCACGUGUACAGAAAUUAACAGAAUUUGUUGAUGCUAUUAACGAAAUUCCACUCUAUGAUUCACCUCAAGCAUUUGGACUGCAUGAAAAUGUCGAUAUCACUUAUCAGAGUAAAAAGGCGAAAGUUAUUCUGGAUUGUAUAUUGAAUGUUCAGCCAAAGGACGCCAAUACUGGUGCACUGGAGACACGUGAGGAUGUUGUACGUCGUAUGGCUGUAGAUAUGCUUGAUAAAUUGCCACCAAAUUAUGUACAAUUUGAAGUGAAUGAACGCUUGAAUCAAAUGGGUGCAUUGCAACCAAUGAAUAUAUUUCUACGCCAAGAGUUGAAUAGAAUUCAAAAGCUACUUACAACAAUGCGAGAAAAUCUUGUUGACUUAACACUGGCAAUCGAUGGAACUGUUGUUAUGAGUGAACAGUUACGUCAAGCGUUGGAUUGUAUGUAUGAUGCAAGGAUACCCAGUCAAUGGGAAAAGCUAUCAUGGGAGUCAUCUACACUAGGCUUUUGGUUCACUGAAUUGAUUGAAAGAAAUCAUCAAUUUUACGAAUGGUUGUAUAAUGGACGACCAACGUGUUUUUGGAUGACUGGAUUUUUUAAUCCACAAGGAUUCCUUACAGCAAUUCGACAAGAAGUGACACGUAAUCACAAAGGUUGGGCAUUAGAUACAGUUGUAUUAUGGAAUGAGAUGACUAGAUUUAUGAAGGAUGAUAUUCAACGUCCCCCAGCUGAAGGUGCAUUCAUUUAUGGAUUAUUUUUAGAGGGUGCUGAGUUUGAUCAAAAGAAUUUACGUCUUACUGAGUCUAAGCCAAAAGUAUUAUAUCAACCGAUGCCUGUAAUUCAUAUACAGGCGUUGGAUAUAUCAAAAGAUAAAGAGAUACCUAAGGAAAUGUUGAAAAACCUUUAUGUAUGUCCAGUCUACAGGAAACCUUGUCGAACAGAUCGAACCUAUGUCACUUCGCUCUAUUUACGCUGUCCACCUAAUAAGUCAGCUGACCAUUGGGUGUUGAGAGGCGUAGCUUUGUUGUGUGAUAUACGAUGA